UAUUAAAGUAUAUUAUUUUUUUAACUAAAUUUAUUUCAUAGAAAAUGAAUGAUAAUGAGACAGAUAUUUUACUUGAUAAAGAUAAAGAUCAGAAGGAAAUCAGAAAAGAACUGUCUGAGAUGAGUUUUGAAAAUUUACAUGAACUCAAAGAAAAAUUAGGAAUAAAAGUUUACAAUACAGCAAUAUUUGGACUAAAAAAUGUAAGAACAAUUAAAUUUAAACGAGAAAAUAAAAAUAGACCUCGCGAAGAAACAUCAAAAAAACAGGUUUCGCGAUUUCGUGAAGUAAUACCUGUUAAAAAAAGAAUGAUAAGAGAUCCUAGAUUUGAUAGUCUUUGUGGUCAAUUUAAUCCAAAAGCUUUUAAAAAUUCUUAUUCAUUUCUUACUGAAGUUCGAGAAAAUGAUUUAAAAAAUUUAAAAAGAGAAUUGGAGAUUGAGAAAGAUGAUAAGCAAAUUAAGAAAAUUGAGUACCUAAUACAAAGGUUGCAAAAUCAACUUACUGAAGAGAAUAAACAAGUAGAAAGAGAACAAAAAGUCAAAGAAGAAAAUCAAGAAAUUGUAUCUGCAAUAAAAACUGGGAGAAAGCCUAAUUUUAAAAAGAAAUCCAAUAAACGGAUUAUGAAUUUGACUUGUCAAUACGAAGAACUGAAAAAAACAGGUAAAUUAAAAAAAUAUAUUGAAAGGUUAAGAAAGAAGAAAAUAAAAAAGGAUACAGAUAAUGUACAAUUAGAUAAUCCAGAUUUAGAAUACAUUUGAAAUUUUAUAAUUUUCUAUAUUGUGAU